AUGCUGAAGUUUGACCUCUCUCAUGAAGCUCACUGCAGCAUCGCUGAGUACUGCUUACUGCAGCCUGAGGAAAUACUAUGGCGCUCCUGGAAGCGUUUAGAGGAUUGUGGAAAAGCUGUCCUCAGAAGGCAUCGGGAAGAAGCUAGGGAAGACAUGCAGCUGAGAGCGGGAAAACCCCCUCAAGAUAAAAAGCUCUCUCCAAUACCAACUCAGCUGCUUGCUGGCUGGCCUAGACCACCAGUCUCUAGGGGCCGCACUUCACUGCAGCACUCUCGGGUGCGUAGACUGAAGCGCAAAAAGUGA